UGCUGGGGCAAGAUGGCGGCGUCCUCCUUUUUGCAGCGUGUGGGGCGGCAGGUGCUGCUCCGGAGUGGGAGCCUGCCUUGCGCCUGGAGCGCCUUGCACAUCACCGCAGUCUGCACCAAGAACGGGGCAGCGCGAGUUCGCGUGGGCAAGGGAGACAAGCCGGUGACAUAUGAGGAGGCGCACGCACCGCACUACGUUGCCCAUCGCAAGGGCUGGCUGUCCCUGCACACAGGUAACCUGGAUGGGGAGGACCAUGCUGCAGAGCGAACAGUGGAAGAUGUUUUCCUUCGUAAGUUCAUGCUGGGUACCUUCCCAGGGUGCCUGGCCAACCAGAUAGUCCUGAAGCGACAGGCCAAUCAAGUGGAGAUCUGUGCUCUGGUCCUGAGGCAGCUGCCAGCACACAAGUUCUACUUCCUCAUAGGCUACACUGAGACUCUGCUGUCUCACUUUUACAAAUGUCCUCCUGUGCGACUCCACCUCCAAACUGUGCCCUCAAAGGUGGUAUAUAAGUACAUCUAGAAAAAUGUCCUUUCUUGCACCAGGCUGUAGCCUACAAAGGUCAGAAAUGUGUGGGAAAGGGAUGAAGUAGACAAGAGGAAAUACAUGUUCUCAAGAUGGAGCUGCUGUUGAAUAAAGUUGUUCAUGUGUUU